AUGUCGUACAUCGCGCCCAUCCAUAGACCAAGCAGCAUACGCCAAGCCAUCAGAAUACGGCUGUCAGAGGAAGAUGAAAGCGAGAGCUUGGUGGUAGCGCGAUCAAACAGACUCGAAGUAUGGCGCAUCACGCCCACCGAUAUGUACUUGCUCGGCUCUGCCGCAGUCUACGGCACCAUCCUUCUCCUCCAGCGGCUGCGACCCAGGGACAGCAAAACCGAUCUGCUCUUCGUCGGUACCGAUCGAUUCCAAUACUUCACGGCCAGAUGGGACUCUGCCACCCAGAGGCUACACACGGAGCAGGUCGUCGAGGAUACCGCCGAGCCUCACAUGCGCGAAGCUCAGAGCCAGGACAAGUGCCUGGUCGAUCCGACAGGCAGGUUCAUGGCUAUGCACCUAUGGGAGGGUGUAAUGAACGUCAUGCGCUUGGGAACUAGGAAAGGACAGCUCGCUCGCCUUGACGAUGCAUGGGAACAAGUCCGCCUCUCCGAGCUUUUCAUGAAGGCGAGCAUCUUUGUGCCCACCGAGACUGGUCAUCCCACCGUCGCCUUCUUAUACCAGUCCAAGAUCGAUAAAGAGGACGCGCGACUCGCCAUAUACAGACUCAUGACGGACGAUAAGAACACAGCUGUCUCGAGGUUCGACCCAGAACGCAAUAGAGAUCUCGACAUUGAGAUCAAGGACCCUUAUGCCCGUAUCCUCAUUCCCGUGAACAUCAUCGAGGAUGAAGUUAAGCGAUACCACAAAAGAGACACUUCAGCGGCCAAGGCACAACUGGGUGGCUUGAUUGUCGUUGGCGAAACUCUGCUGGUUUACGUCGAUACCCUGACGCAGUCUGUCGUGGAAAGUCCAAUGGCUAGUCCCGCCAUAUUUGUGGCAUGGGCUGCCUAUGAUGACACAAACUUUUUCCUUUCUGAUGACUAUGGCAAUCUCCACCUUCUGACGAUUGAGACCGAGGGUGUUGUUGUUCUCGGCAUGACCGUUAGGACACUUGGAGUAACGUCUCGCGCGUCGUGUCUAGUGUAUAUGGGAGACGGCAUGCUUUUCUUGGGCUCACACUACGGCGACUCGCAACUACUACAGGUGGAUCUCGAAGAAUUGUCGACGAAGCUUGUGCAGACCAUUCCCAACAUUGCGCCCAUUCUCGACUUCGCCAUUAUGGAUUUGGGGAACGCUGGAGACAGCCAGGUUGGCAACGCCUUCUCGUCAGGCCAAGCUCGCAUCGUCGCCGGCUGUGGUGUUCAUCAAAACGGCAGUUUGAGGAGUAUUCGAAGCAGUGUCGGACUGGAAGACAUUGGUGUUCUGGAAGACUUGCAGGAUGCCCGAGGUCUCUUCAGCCUUCAGUCGCACGGCUCUGAAAAAGUUGACUCGCUCGUGGUUUCUUUCAUGACGGAGACUAGAGUUUUCAGCUUUGAUGCCGAGGGUGGCAUUGAGGAAGUGUUUGAGUUUCAUGGGCUCACCUUGGACCAGCCUACUUUGAUCGCAAAAACAUUGCCCAAUGGUCAAUUACUCCAGGUCACCGCAGUGACUGUAACUCUGCUUGAUCUUGAGAGCGGUGUUACUCUGAACAGUUGGUCAGUGCCAGAUGGCAAGACCAUUGUCAAUGCAUCCGCCAACAGCAAGUGGGUAUUGCUGUCUCUUAACGGCACCUCUCUGGUGUCAUUGAACUUGGUCGAUAACCUGGCAGCUCAUGAGCAAGUCUUGGGCCGCGGCGUUGGGGGCGAGGAGGACCAGAUUUCUUGCGUACAUGCAGCCAGCGAUCUCGACCAUAUCGGCGUGGUAGGUUUCUGGGCAACGGGUUCCGUGUCCAUCAUUGACCUCCGCACGCUCAACGCCCUUCAAGGUGAAACCAUCAAGCAAACGGAUGACAGUGUCUCGGUUCCUAGAGACAUGGUUCUCGUGCAAUUACAUCCACCACACCUUCUCGGCCCGACGCUGUUUGUCGCUAUGGAAGAUGGCCAGGUUGUGUCGUUCAAUGUCUCGAAAGAAGACUUUUCCUUGUCAACUCGCAAGAGCGUCACCCUGGGUAGUAAACAAGCUGGGCUGCACGUUCUUCCAAGACCGGACAACGAAGGCAUUAGCAAUGUGUUUGCUACUACCGAGCACUCUAGUCUGAUCUACAGCUCAGAAGGAAGAAUCAUCUACUCUGCGGCAACUGCAGAAGACGUCACAUACAUCGCGCCCUUCGACUCUGAAGCGUUCCCAGAUGCCAUCUUCCUCGCCACGGAUCGUAACAUACGGAUCGCCCACAUCGAUGCCGAAAGGAGAACGCAUGUCAACCCCCUUCCUCUACGCGAGACUGUUCGAAGGGUGGCCUAUUCGCCAGCGCUCCGUGCUUUUGGGAUAGGUACCAUCCGUAGGGAACUCAUCAAUAAUGAAGAAGCGGUAUCAAGCUCGUUCCAGCUGGUCGACGAGGUGGUUCUUGGCGUAGUUGGUAAGGCAUUCCAUCUGGAUGGCUCCACGUCAGCCGAGAUGGUCGAAAGUGUCAUCAGAGCAGAGUUGCCCGACAGUAUGGGGCAGCCUGCUGAACGAUUCAUUAUCGGAACAAGUUACCUGGCAGACCCAGAAGUUGAUGAGAACAGCGAUAUCAAGGGUCGGAUUCUGGUGUUGGGUGUUGAUUCUGACAAGAAUCCCUACUUGAUUGUCAGCCACGCGCUGAAGGGUGCUUGUCGAAGUCUUGGAGUGAUGGGCGAAAAGAUUGUUGCUGGGUUAAGCAAGACGGUAGUUGUCUACGAUUACGCUGAAGAGUCGAGCACGUCUGGAGCACUCCGCAAGCUGGCUACUUUCCGCCCUUCAACAUUCCCUGUUGACAUUGAUGUCAAUGGGAACAUGAUUGGCGUCGCUGAUCUCAUGCAGUCGAUGACCUUGAUCGAGUUCAUCCCAGCACAAGAUGGAGACAAAGCGAAGCUUGUAGAGCGCGCUCGUCACUUUCAGUACAUCUGGGCCACGUCGGUAUGCCACCUGGAAGAGCAUUCGUGGCUCGAGUCCGAUGCGCAGGGCAACCUCAUGGUACUCCGGAGGAAUCCCGAUGCGCCGACAGAACAUGAUCAGAAGCAGAUGGAAGUUAUUAGUGAAUUCCACCUGGGAGAGCAAGUGAACAAGAUCCGCUCACUCGACAUUGUUCCGAAUGAGAACGACCCGAUCGUGCCAAAGGCGUUCCUCGCAACAGUUGAGGGAUCAGUGUAUGUCUUUGCAGAUAUUAGGCCAGAGCAUCAAAGUCUACUGCUGCAAUUCCAGGAGAACUUGGCCGGAGUGGUGAAGACACUAGGUCAAGCUGACAAUGCGCCUGGCGCCGGGCUCUCAUUCAUGUCAUGGCGAGGUUUUCGGAACGCGAAGCGCGCGGCAGAUGCGCCCUUCCGCUUUGUCGAUGGGGAGCUGAUUGAGCGUUUCUUAGACUUGGAUGAGGCUAAACAGGAGGCUGUCGUUGCAGGACUUGGGCCGACAGUUGAGAACAUGCGCAACUUGGUGGAAGAGUUGAAGCGCAUGCAUUAA